UCAUCACCACCACCCAAGCCACAAAGCCAUAGCCAUGGACAUCAAUCAGCAGGGCGAGCUGAACUGGCGCCUCAGCAGCCACCCCAUCACGCUGCUGUGCUUCCUCUCCUUCCGCGUCGCCAGCCUCCUAACCUACCUCCUGGGCCUGCUCUUCACCGACAACUUCGUGCUCAUCUUCAUCAUCACCAUCAUCCUCCUCGCCGCCGACUUCUACUACCUCAAGAACAUUGCCGGGCGCCGGCUGGUCGGGCUGCGCUGGUGGAACGAGGUGGACACGGCGACGGGCGAGUCGCGCUGGGUCUUUGAGUCGGCCGACCCGGAGACGCGCCACAUCAACGGCACGGACAAGCGCUUCUUCUGGCUGAGCCUGUACGUGCAGCCCGUGCUGUGGGUGGCCCUGGCCAUAGUCGCGCUCGUCAAGUUCGAGUUCAUCUGGCUGACGCUGAUCGUCAUUGCUUUGGUCCUCACCAUCACCAACACCCUCGCCUUCUCGCGCUGCGACAAGUUCAGCCAGGCUACCAACUUCGCCGGCACCGCGUUUUCGACCGGCGGCCUGGCAAAGAACAUCGCCAGCGGCAUGAUCAGCCGCGUUUUCCGCUAA